AUGGCGGACUCUGUGUCAUCGCCACCCAAGCCCGUCCACACAAUCGUGUUGGACGCCGGUCCUAUCCUCAAAAAUACCCCGCCGCUUUCUACCCUACUCAACCAAUGCGAAGAACUUAUUACUACACGCUCCGUCGUGAGCGAGAUUCGCGACCCAGACGCCCGUCAACGCGUUGAGACAAUGUACCUUCCAUUCCUGAAGCAGCGAUCCCCCAAACCCGAGAGUUUCAACAUUAUUAGCGAGUUCGCCCGCAAGACCGGUGACCGAUCUGUAUUGAGUCGAACGGAUAUUGAGGUUCUAGCGCUCGCUUAUGAGAUCGAGUGUGAGCGCAACGGAGGAGAUUGGCGCCUACGGAGUGUUCCUGGCCAGAAGCGUGUCAAUGGAAAGCCACCCGUGAAAGAAGAGGAGAAGAAGGACGAGGGGGAGGCUCAGACUGAUGGCACUGAGGCUAUUAUCGAGGGUGUCCAGGAGGCGACAAUCUCAGAUAAUGCAGAGAAGCCCAAGGGAGAAGAGUCUGGCGCAUCGGAAGAGACCGCGCCCGUGACUGAAGACGUUGCUGAUACCGUGAUUGAAGAGGAUACGCUGGAACAAGAUGAGGAAGAAGGUGAAGAUGAUGCUGGUGAUUCUGACGGCGGAGAAUGGAUUACACCCUCCAACUACAAGAAGAAACUGGCCCAUGAUGAUGCUGGGGUGGCCUCUACACCUGAGCCGAAGAUAAUGCAGGUCGCAACCAUGACCACUGAUUUUGCGUGUCAAAACGUUCUUCUGCAGAUGAACCUUAACCUGCUGUCUACCACCACAUUGCAAAGAAUUCAGCACCUCAAGUCGUUCAUCAAACGUUGCCAUGCUUGCUUCCUUACCACCAAGGAUAUGAACAAACAGUUCUGCCCUCGUUGCGGUAAAGACACUCUCACCCGUGUUUCGUGCAGCACAACUGCCAACGGUCAAUUCACAAUGCAUUUGAAGAAGAACAUUCAAUGGAAUAACCGCGGAAACCGGUACAGUGUCCCCAAGCCUAUUCAUGGCAGCUCCAAUGGAAAAUGGAAAGGAGGUGGCGGAAAGGGUGGCUGGGGUACAGAACUUAUUCUUUCUGAGGAUCAGAAAGAGUACCAACGUUCCACAACGGAGGAGGAGCGUCGCCAGCGCCGGGAGCGUGACCUCAUGGACGAGGACUAUCUGCCAGGUAUCUUGACCGGAGAGCGUAAUAAGCUUGGUGGUCGUAUCAAGGUUGGCGCCGGUCGUAACGUCAACUCGAAGAAGAGGUAA